UGAUAUUGACGCCACGACAGUUGCACCCACUGCGCCUACUAUAAUAACUGAUAGUUCGACAAACUCAUCAAGCGAAAAACAGAUCGAGACCACAGAGUGUCUUACUCAAAGAGCACCUUUGACAUUAAACAAUCUGAACGAAACAGUUUCACGCAAUAAUGUACUGGACUGGUUAAUGAAUGUAGUUGAGCCAACGAGAUCAUCCUCGAGUCUAAGUUGUAAGGGACGCGACAUAAUUCGACCACCGAUUCCUCCCAACGAAGAUAGUCCUACCCAACCGCCUCAAGAAGUAGCAUACAACUUACGUCAUAAAUAUAAACGGAGUAAAUGGAUAGACUCAGAGCUUAAAGCCUUAGAGAAAGGUAUGACAAAAUAUACCGAUGAGAGAUUAAUAUGGGUUCAUAUUCUGAAAGAUGAGAAGUAUGGACCCAAAUUAAGGAAUAGAUCUGCGACAGACUUAAAAGACAAAGCUCGUAAUGAGAAAAAAAGACGAGCCAGAGAAGGAAGAUCUAUUGGUGUUUUUCACAUCGCGACAGGCUAA